AUGGACGACAGAGACAUGGACUUUGAGGAGGACUACAAGUCCCCGUUUGAUUUUGAUACCGGAGUGAACAAAAGCUAUCUCUACUUGUCUCCUAGUGGGAAUUCAUCUCCUUCUGGAUCACCUACUCUUCAGAGAUGGGGGAUCCUGCGCUCCUACCCCGUACCAGAGGAAGCAGAAGAUGCUGCUGCCACCAUCAGUGCCACAGAGGCCCUGUCAGAGGAGGAGCAAGAGGAGCUAAGGCGAGAACUUGCAAAGGUGGAAGAGGAGAUCCAGACUCUGUCUCAAGUACUAGCAGCAAAAGAGAAACAUCUAGCAGAGAUCAAGAAGAAACUUGGCAUCAGUUCACUACAGGAGAUAAAGCAGAACAUUGCCAAAGGGUGGCAAGACGUGACGGCAACAUCUGCGUACAAGAAGACAUCUGAAACCUUGUCUCAGGCUGGACAGAAGGCUUCGGCUGCUUUUUCUUCUGUUGGAUCCGUCAUCACUAAAAAGCUAGAAGAUGUAAAAUUGCAAGCCUUUUCACAUUCCUUUAGUAUACGCUCCAUUCAGCAUUCAAUUAGCAUGCCUGCUAUGAGAAAUUCCCCAACUUUCAAAUCAUUUGAAGAAAAGGUUGAGAACUUAAAGUCUAAAGUAGGGGGAACCAAGCCUGCUGGCGGCGAUUUUGGCGAAGUCUUGAACUCCACUGCAAACGCGAGCGCCAGCACCACGGAGCCCCUGGUGGAGCAGACGUCGGAGAACCCGUGA